UCUCUCUCUCUCGUCCAAAAAGUGUGUCCGGACGCUGAAAGUUGUCGUCCACCUAACCUUCAAACUCUCCGUGGAUCGCUCCACCCUUCGGAAACGGUCGUGGGGUCAUCGCCGCCGACAGACCCUUUUUGCUUCCCCUGUUUCUCUUCUUCCCUCGCUCCCCCUCCAUUCUUAAUAUUCACGAAUUCGACGAGGAACGCAGCCCAAAACAAACAAACACACGCCCCCACGCACUUCUUUAAAUAUAUAAAUUGAACCCACAGAAAGAAAAGAAAAACGAAAGAAAUCAGGUCGUUUCAAGAAUUCGCAGGAGGAAGGAAAUCCAUCACCUGAUUUCGUUUCCAAGAAGACGCGCAUCACAUAACGCCUUGUAGAAGCAAGAAAGCAUCGUGAAUAGAGAGAAGAGAGAAAUAAUGAAUGCGUUGAAGGAGAGGGUCUCGGAGAAGCUCUCGCGUCUCUUUGUUGAUUCCCCAGAUUCUUCUUCUUCUCCCUCUCCGUCUUUGAAAUUUAGCGACCAUUCGAACCUAUCCCAGGCCAGGCUGAGUUCUAAAGAAGGAAAGUCUUUCUCUUCGUAUUUUUCUUAUCUCGUUCCAACGAGCAGAUUUGAUGGACUCAGAUCAAAAAAGUGUGAGCAGGACGUUGAACUAUAUCAAUCGCUUCCUGCUGAGUGCAAUGAGGAAAAACCUGAAUGGCAAGAUGUAUCUUCAGAAGGUUUCGUAGAAUUUACUCUAGACAAAAGCAAAGCAACAGCUGAUAGCCGUGAAAAUUCAAAAAAAUGUGCUUCAGUCUGUGGGAACGGGAAAUCGCUAAGUACAAAGGAAGAAGAUGAAGGAAGUACCAGUGGUUCUGACUUGUUUGAAGAGGCAACUGACAAGCAUAACUCAGACAAGCCUCUUCAAAAUCUCAUGGACAAUUCCGUUUUUAUCUCCCCUGAUCUAUAUGAAUUUUUGCACUCAUCCCUUCCAAAUCUUGUGAAACAUCGCCAAUGGGUCUUGCUAUACAGUACGCUGAGACAUGGUAUCUCACUGCGUACACUUAUCCGCAAGAGUGCUGACCUUUCUGGCCCCUGUUUACUGAUUGUUGCCGACAUGCAAGGAGCAGUGUUUGGUGGCAUACUGGAAUGCCCCUUAAAACCUACAGCGAAAAGGAAAUAUCAGGGGACAAACCAAACAUUUGUAUUCACAACCUUAUAUGGGCAACCAAGAUUGUUUCGACCAACUGGUGCCAAUAGGUACUACUACAUAUGCAUGAAUGACUCACUUGCACUUGGCGGUGGAGGCAACUUUGCCUUGUCCUUAGAUGGAGAUCUGUUAAGUGGAACAAGUGGACCCUGUGAAACAUUCGGGAACUCGUGUUUGGCUCACAACCCAGAGUUUGAGUUGAAGAAUGUUGAGUUAUGGGGCUUCACUCACUCAUCACGCUAUACUACAUGACUGGAAGUUGCAACCAGGCAUGCUCGUGUCGUUCUCGACAAAGUUCAUUCUUUUUUGUUUCAUUUUUACCUUAAUACAUCCACAUCUAUCCUCAGAAUUAUCUGUAGCCAUACUACCGAUAUUACGCCAGAUAGGUCUAUUUAUUUUAGUUGGAGGCACCCUUCUAGAUAUGCGAUGGGGCCAAACGGCUGAUUGUGCCGGUCACUUAAGAUUUAUUCAUGUUUAAACUCAUUUCAACUCCAAUUGAAGUUUGGUUGCAAUUCUUGUAAAA